UGGUUCUGGGAUGGUAGGGCGGCACAAAAAAAACAUUAUUUAAGAGCCAGGCUUUCUCCUGUUCAACAUCAGACGCCGAGAAGGAAGAAGAGAAGAUAAUUCUGCAGCAGGUCAUCAUUUUGGACAUUGCAUGAACUUCACCAUGAAGAUACUAGCUGUGUCUGUACUUCUUGUUGCCAUGAUGGCUCUGGCUCUGGCUACUGAAGGAGAGGAUGCUCCAGAGUCAGAAGCAGCAAUUCAAGAAAAGGCAGAAUCCAUAGAGGGAGAAGAAAAAAGGGUUGUCAAGAGAUCUUUAUGCUCUGAAGGUUGGACUUUGAUUGGAAAAACCUUUUACCGCUACUUUGAAACAGCCAAGACUUGGGCUGAGGCUCAGUCACACUGUGAGUCCAUAGGUGGAAACCUAGCAUCUGUGCACAACAAGCGUGAGAAUGAUCAGUUCUGGGCUCUGGCACUAAAGAAAGCAACAUGGAUCGGAUUCUCUGAUGCACAGCAGGAAAAACACUGGUUCUGGAUUGAUGGUACAGCUUCCAAUUACAAGAACUGGUGUAGUGGACAGCCUAAUAACGGACGUGAACACUGCGCAGUACUGUUCAAAGGUAAAUGA